AUGCCGGAUCGAGACCGACAAUGUUGCCUACUGCCCCUGCCGAAAGCCCUACCACGUCGAAACCGAGGGCCUCAGGAAAAAUCCGAAGCUACAAGGCCAAGGGAAAGACGAAAAGGUAUACAAGCCAACAGUCGAAAGCCGUUCAAGAGACAGCGCUCCACUGAUGACGAGGAUGACGACGCGGCUAGUCCGAAAGACCCGAAGAAGCCCAUUUUCAUGGUGCUCAAGGCUACAGGAGAGGAUGCCAACGCGGCAUUUGGGCAUGGCGUCGAGCGCAGUGGCGCCGCAUAUACCCACAUCCUUGCUUUGAUGGCUAUGAGAACGCACCCGAUCCGCGACGCCUGGAUCGUCGACAGUAGUGCUACCCAGGACGUAUGCAACGAUACCUCGAAGUUUUUUCAGAUGGGUAUGUACCAUGGGCCCGCACUCAGAAGCGUUGAUGCAACCACAUCUCUCUCAGGGUAG